AUGAUAAGGUCUCAUACCCGUCAUGUCUCUGUGAGACGCUCCAUCUUAAUGCUUCUGACAAUCAUGACUGCAAAUGCAUCCGCGAACCACGGCCUGAAUCUACACCACAAACGUGCCGACACUUGCCCUGAAGCCUCACAGAAAUGUAGUGGCGCCGGCGUACCAGAUAACUUUUGUUGCUCCUCAUCUUCAACCUGCAUUGGCAUAGACGGUGGGAGUUCAGUUAUCUGCUGCCCUGAAGGCCAGGAUUGUUCUUAUAUCCAGCCAAUAACCUGCGACGUAACGAAGCAAAAUGCCAGCCUCCAUCCAAACAAUGUCAUCAAAACAACCCGACUGGAUGACGACUUGCCCAAAUGCGGGAAAGCAUGCUGCCCGUUUGGAUACACUUGUCAGGGCAAUUUCUGUGCUGUGGACAAAACUGCAUCCUCAUCCACUUCGGCCAGCACGACCAGCACGACCACCUCUACCUCCACCUCUACGUCGUCGGAAUCUACAUCAGAUUCUUCCACGGACCGUUCCACCGCGUCUUCUACUGCCGCCGAUACCGAAACGACUACUGACCCUGCCCUUCCUAUCGCUGGUGAUCUAUCUUCCAUAACGGCUGUCGACUCAUCGAGCAUUGCAAAACCAACCUCUACGGACUCACAGUACUCUGCUGCUUCUUACAACAACGUAUCGGAAACCGAGAAUUCCUGUCCUGCUUUCCCAACCAACGCCGUUCUAGCAGGCUUCUUCCCUGGUUCCGUGUUCGGUGCCGUGGCCGCCUUGAUCCUAACAGUCUGUAUCCGAAGACGACGAAGAAACAGCACCCCACCGGGUGAAAAGGUCCACCAAAGCACAUUUCGCAAAUCAACGGGCACGCUAAUCGGCAUAUCUGAACCCAUUCCCUCCGACGACAGUUCUUUCCGCACGGACUUUCUCCUCAGCAGAAACUACAAACGUAACUCUGAAGGAUCCCGCUCUGUCCUCCAACGCAGCAGAUCUCGUGUUAAGAGCCUCUUUAGUGCAAGCCCAAAACCGAGCCCAGCGCCAGCGGAGGAUAUACCGGCCGUUCCGCCUGUACCAGCCGUUUUACCUUUACCAGUGACGCCUCGGCAGGCCCAGCGGCAACCCAGCACGGAAAGUAUUCGUGUCUACACGCCCCCUGGCGUAUUCAAUACCACAGGAGCCCUUCAGCCCUCGCCCUACCCAGACCAGCAGCGACCCAACACGACCCUAACCGAGAUUCUCGAUCGAGCGCAAGCGCAAAUGCAAGCCUCUGAAUCGGCUCGUACCAGCACCGCCAACAGCAAAGCCAGUAGUGCGGCCGUCAACAAUGCAAGCCAGCGCUUUUUGCUCCCUCCACCGCAGCAACUGGGCCGGCGCAAACAAUUACCUUAUUAA